GAACGAAACGGCUGUUCCAGCUGUCAAAGUUUUGUAACCUGAAUUAAAGCGAAAAAAAGGGCAGACGUGCCGACCGGUUAAUUUUUCAGACCCGCACAGCUAAAAUUCUCAAUUUUCCAUCAAGAUCAGGUCUACAAAAACAGAAAGAGCAACAUAAACAAUGGCCGCCCUCGCAGAUUAUUCAAGAAAUGAGGACAACGAGGUUAAUGGCUGGAUUCGGUUUGGAAUGCGUCUCGGAGUUAGCGCUGCACUGCAUCCAUUCGAGUACUCAAAGACGUUGAUACAGAUUGGAUAUGAGCCCAUUGGCGCGAGACCAGGCAAAUCCAUGCUUGGCAGACCUGUUAUGCUGUUGCCUAACAUAUUCCAGUACAUCGGUCAUAUCAAAAGAGUUGAUGGCUUCUACGGCUGCUAUCGUGGCUUGGCCCCCAAAUUGGCUGGCUCCGUUCUGAGCAUGGUUGUGAGCGAACGCGUGGCCGAGAAGCUUGGACUGGCUUAUCAGGAGGACAAGGAUGAGUCCGAGCUAAGCGAGGAGGAGAACUAUGUACAAUUCAAGUAUAACCUGAAACGCGAUAUUGUACUGACAGUCAGUGGCAUUGUUGUCUCCCAUCCGUUCCAUGUGAUUUCGCUACGCAUGAUGGCACAAUUUGUGGGUCGUGAAACGCUUUAUAACUCAAUUCUGGGCUCGAUUGCCGAAAUCUGGACGAGUGAAGGCAUUUUGGGUUUCUUUGCCGGCCUGAUCCCCAAGCUGCUGUGUGAUGUGGCCUGCCUUGUGCUGUCCAGCUCCUCCGUUUUCAUUGUCAACAAAUAUUUCAUCAAGGACAAGGUUGCCAGGCAAUACAAUGCGAGCCUUACAGGCUUUGCUUUCUCAAGCCUGCUGUAUCCACUUCAGGUGGUUUCCACCUGCUCUUCAAUUAGCGGAUCUCGCCUGAUGGCCGGACAACCACCCAUAAUGCCCAAGUACUCCAGCUGGGUCGACUGCUGGAAUGAUUUGCAGUCGCGCAGAGAACUCAAGCGCGGCAGCUCGCUCUUCUGGCGUACGCAAGCAGUCUACUCAUCAACAGUCCCGACAUCCUUUGCACCACUGCCAACGCUGUCCCGCUACCAAUAGAUGAUUUGUUCAUGAUGACGCGGUACGGCAUUGACCACAAUAUGAAUUGCCGGAAUUACAUCCACCGAUAAACGCGUCUGCCUGCAUUUCUAGUUAGUUGCUCGAGGAGCGCCAUCCUAAGACAUACCUGUUUUUAAUUUCUGGUCCCGAUUGGCAUGCGUAUAUACUAUUUAUACAAUUGUAAAUCCUAAAGGUUAAAAUGGUCGCUUAAUUUAUAUAUUUAACGAGUAACAUCAAAUUAAUUACAUCGUUCUGCCUAAGAUAAUUUCUUCAUUUCCUUUCGGCAUUUAAUGCUUUUCCAAAGAGACAGUCCUACAAAGAGAUUUUCAAUUUAUUUAAAUACUCUAAUUUUUGUUCUUGUUACUGUUUAAAAAAAUUCAAUAUCAAUAAACUAUCUGAGCAAUCUGUGGAAGUCAGAACCAGAAAUUUCAGGAUCUUAUAUUGUUAGAUUUUAGCCUAAACGAAAAUGUGCUUUUAAUUUCAAAUGAAUAGUUUUGGAUAAGAGUUUAAUUUGUUAGCUAUACAAACUAUUGCGAAUGCUUUACAAAAUUAAACAAUAUCUACGCCAAUUCUAAAAAA